AUGGUCAAGUCAUAUCUAAAAUUCCAGCAUAGCAAGACCUUCGGCCAAAUCUGUACUGCCGCCGCCAACGUCGUCUGGGAUCCAGCUGCCGGCCAUGACGGGUCGACGAGCAGAGGCGGAGCAGGACGAGCAUAUGUCGGCGCAAACGAGGAGGUGUUGGUGUGGGAUCUGAAAACAUCGGAACGAGUUGGAGUGUGGAACGUCGAGGACAACCAUGCCCUGGUCACCGUGAUUUGCAGAAGCGACGUGGACCCGGACGUUUUCGCAGUCGGUUACGAAGAUGGCAAAAUACGCAUAUGGGAUUCCAGAACGGCGACGGUGAUAAUCACAUUCAAUGGCCACAAGACAGCGGUCACUCAGCUCAAGUUCGACAGGUCUGGAGUGCGUCUUGCGAGCGGCUCGAGAGACACAGACAUCAUUCUUUGGGACCUGGUUGCUGAGGUCGGGCUGUACCGUUUACGGGGACACAAAGACCAAAUCACCUCACUUAAUUUCCUUACAGUGGAUGACAAUGCGGCGUUGUCGGGCGAGACUCAAGACGAGCAGAGUGAGAACAGGGAUUCGGACCAGUUCCUCCUCUCAACCAGCAAAGAUGCGCUGAUCAAAGUGUGGGACCUCUCCACUCAGCAUUGCUUAGAAACCCAUGUUACCCAGACGAACGGGGAGUGUUGGGCAUUGGGUUUGACGAGAGACGGCACCGGUUGUAUUACUGCUGGCAACGACGGAGAGCUCAAAGUUUGGUCAAUCGACGAUUCCGUGAUGAAAGAAAAGCUGGGGUUGAGCGGUCAGGGACAACAGAACAUCCUCCAUGAGCGUGGUGCACUAUACCGACAAGGGCGAGACCGGCCGCUGGCUGUUCACUUCCACCCAAAACGAGAUUUGAUCGCGGUGCAUGGAUCCGAUAAAUCAAUCGAAUUACUACGAAUCCGCUCAGAGAACGAGGUACGGAGAGCACUGACCCGGAAACGCAAAAGGAGGAAGGAGAAGGGAGAAAAUGGCGGAGAUGUCGAUUCCGGCGUGGAUGUUGCCCAUGACAUUGACAACCCCAACGACAUAUCUGCCGCUACCGCGGCGGACAUAUUUGUGCCAUAUGUGAUCAUUCGGACGGGAGGGAAGGUCAGGUCAGUAGCCUGGGCCGGCGAGCGGAGCGGGAAGUCCAUCCACAUCCUGGUGGCUACAUCGAAUAACCAGUUAGAACUGUUCGACGUCACAGCAUCAGACAAGAAGACCGCUGAAGCCCCCGAAUAUAGUCGGACUUUGUCGGUUGAUAUGCCCGGGCAUCGUACAGAUAUCCGGUGUGUUGCGCUGAGUUCUGACGACAGGAUGCUCGCAACUGCCUCCCACGGCAGCUUGAAGAUCUGGAAUACCAGGACACAAAGCUGUUUGCGGACACUCGACUGUGGAUACGCCCUUUGCAUGGCAUUUCUACCUGGCGACAAAAUUGUCGUCGUUGGGACUCGGGAGGGCACACUCGAAGUGUUCGACAUUGCAGCUUCGACCCUGCUUGACACCAUCAACGCCCACGAGCGAGAUAUCUGGGCGCUCCAGGUCAGUCCAGACGGCAAGUCGCUGGUCACAGGAUCAGCCGACAAAUCGGCCAAAUUCUGGCAGUUCAAAGUGGUCCAGGAAGAAGUCCUCGGGACGAACCGCAAGAACGCGAAGCUGGUGCUCGUUCACUCACGCACAUUGAAGGUGGCCGAUGACAUUUUGAGCCUCCGGUUCUCGCCCGACGAGAGACUCCUAGCCGUCAGCACCUUGGAUAACACGGUGAAGGUGUUUUUCGUGGACACCCUCAAAUUGUUCCUGACGCUUUAUGGACACAAACUGCCGGUACUCAGCAUGGACAUCAGCUACGAUAGUAAGCUGAUUGUCACGUCCAGCGCUGACAAGAACGUUCGCGUAUGGGGAUUGGAUUUUGGUGACUGUCACAAGGCGUUCUUUGCUCAUCAAGACAGUAUCUUGUCUGUACUUUUCGUGCCCAACAACAACGAGGGAAACGGCCACCACUUCUUUUCGGCGUCCAAAGACCGGGUCAUCAAAUACUUUGACGCCGACAAGUUUGAGCAGAUCCAAAAAUUGGACGGUCACCACGGGGAAAUCUGGGCUCUAGCAAUUGCGCAUUCCGGGGACUUCCUUGUCAGUGCAAGCCACGACAAGAGCAUCAGGUUGUGGGAGCAGACAGACGAGCAAAUUUUCUUGGAAGAAGAGCGAGAAAAGGAGCUCGAGGAGCUAUACGAGAACACACUCCUGACAUCGCUUGAACAGGACGAUACACAGGUCAAUGGAGAUGCAGAGGGGGUGGAGGUCGCGGCCGCGGGGAAGCAGACUGCACAGACUCUCAUGGCUGGAGAGAAGAUUGCAGAAGCACUCGAGGUUGGCUUGGAAGAUCUCGGCUUGAUGCGACAGUAUGAGCAGGCGAAGCGUACCAACCCGAAGGUCGCCAUGCCACAACGAGACGCGGUGUUCCUCGCCAACAACAAUGUGUCUGCCUCUGUCUACGUGUUGGGCGUCUUUCAGAAGGUCCCUUCCGCGUCACUUCAGGAUGCCCUGCUCGUCUUGUCCUUUUCACAACUGCCAGCGCUGUUCACGUUUCUUGCCCUUUGGGCGGCCGAAGGACGAAACAUCCCUCUCACAUGUCGAAUCCUGUUCUUCAUGCUCAAAGUCCAUCAGAAACAAAUUGUCAGCAGCCGAACCAUGAGAGUCAUGUUGGAAGACCUCCGGGACAAGUUCCGGCACGUUCUCGAGCAGCAGAAGCACGAUCUUGGUUUCAACCUGGCAGGGCUCCGCGUUCUGGGUCGGAGGGUGCAGGAGCUAGGCGAAAGCGAUUAUGUCGAUGAGUCAACAUGGCAGGACGGUCCACAGGAGGAGCGUAAUCGAGGGAUUAAGAGAGGGUUUGUCAGUGUCGGCUAG